AGCAACCAUUUGCUCGUAGUUUCGAGAUUAAUAGCUAGUUAAGAUUGGGGCUGAGGCUCCUGCGAGAGCUCCAGGGCAUCAGCAUUUAGUUCUUGCUUGCACGGUAGGGUAGCGAGAGCUGCGCGACGAGCCCGGCGAUUGGCCAGGGUAGCCGUGGAAUGAAGCGCACAGCGAUCGAAAUCCCGUCAUCGCGAGGCGCCGCUACCAGACACCACGAUGGCUCGGUCUGCUCUCUUUCGUCUGGCGCUCCUCAUGCAAGUGGCCUGGACAGUUCGUGCGAUCACAGAGAUUGGCGAUGUUAAUGGGCUUAAGAUCCUCUAUGGAAGCUGGAAUUCUCCGCGGCUAUCUGGGUGGAACUCUGGGCCCGGUGGUGAUCCAUGCGGCGAAUCAUGGCAAGGAGUGCUAUGUACGGGUCCUCGGGUUACCUCAAUCAAGCUUCCCGGUCAGAAUUUGGGAGGGUCCUUGGGAUACGCGUUGGAUCAGCUCCGGAACCUCAAGAUACUGGAUUUGAGCAACAAUCAACUCAGUCAAGCGAUCCCGUACCAGCUUCCGCCACAACUACAAGAGAUGUACUUGUCUAACAACCAGUUGACUGGUCUUCCAUACUCUCUGAAAGAUUUGUGGUCUCUAACGAAAAUAGACGUGAGCCACAACCAGUUAAUUGGUACAAUUCCUGAUGUCUUUCAAAACUUCUCCAACUUGAAUCUUCUAGACGUGUCCUUUAAUCAACUUACUGGCUCGCUUCCUUCCUCAUUUGCGGGUUUGAUUAGCAUAUCCGUUAUGCACGUCCAGAACAAUAAACUCAGCGGGGAUAUUAACGUACUGUCUGAUUUGCCUCUUGCUGACUUAAACGUUGAAAAUAAUCAGUUUAAUGGAUGGGUUCCAAGCUCACUUCGAUCUAUUCCCAACUUAAGGGACGGUGGGAACAAUUUUAGUACUUCGCCGGCUCCCCCUCCACCUCCUUUCACGCCUCCUCCACCUCCACCACGAGCACAAGCUGGAGGAAAAAGUCCUGGGACCAAGUCUUCAUCGAGGCAGUCUAAAGAAGCUGAAAGUGGCGGUUUGUCACAAGGAAAAAUGGCUGGUAUAAUUGUUGCAUUGGUAUUGGCUGCUGUUAUCGCUGGCCUUGUCGCUGUAUGCUACAUGCGUAAGAGAAAACGAAAACCGGACCUGGAAAAGAAAAUGGAGAGCUCAUGGCUAACUCCUCAUAAUGCUCCUGCUAAAGUGAAAGAGCUUAAAAUGGAACAGAAAACAAGACUUUCUCCUCCCGAAAAAGUCUUAAAGCCACCACCGCUAAAGACUCCGGCUGCUGAGCGUAGUCCUAUAAAACACAAAAAUUCGAAAGCGUCGGUUGCUGCAACUUCUUACUCCGUCGCCGAUCUUCAGGCUGCCACAAACAGCUUUGCGCAAGAAAAUCUUUUGGGUGAAGGUUCUUUGGGAAGAGUCUAUCGUGCAGAGCUUCAAAAUGGCACGCCGUUAGCUGUCAAGAAGCUCGACGCAUCAGGAUCCACGGUACAAACAAAUGAAGAGUUUCUUGCAUUUGUUUCUACCAUUGCUCGUCUGCGGCACACAAAUGUUACAGAGCUUGUCGGAUACUGUGCAGAGCAUGGACAACGGCUGCUCGUGUAUGAGUAUUUCAACAGAGGAACACUUCAUGAGAUGUUGCACGUUCUUGAUGAGACGAGUAAACGGCUAUCAUGGAAUCAACGAGUCAAAAUUGCGUUAGGAGCUGCGCGAGCACUUGAGUAUUUGCACGAGGUAUGUUCGCCAGCGGUUGUGCAUCGCAAUUUUAAGUCCGCCAACAUUCUACUCGACGAUGAUAUGAGUCCACAUUUAACUGACUGUGGGCUUGCAGCUUUGAGUUCCACGUCGUCCGAUCGACAGGUUGCGGCACAAAUGCUGGGUUCCUUUGGCUACAGUGCUCCGGAGUUUGCAAUGUCUGGUGUUUAUACCGUUAAAAGCGAUGUGUACAGUUUUGGAGUGGUGAUGCUGGAGCUACUGACAGGGCGUAAGCCUCUGGACAGUUCAAGAGCGCGCUCGGAGCAGUCGCUGGUGAGAUGGGCCACACCUCAACUCCACGAUAUUGAUGCGCUGUCUAAAAUGGUGGACCCUGCGUUGAAAGGCAUCUAUCCAGCCAAGUCUUUGUCUCGCUUCGCAGACGUUAUCUCGUCGUGUGUUCAGCCUGAGCCCGAGUUUAGGCCUCCAAUGUCCGAGGUUGUCCAGUCUCUAGUCCGGUUGAUGCAACGGGCCAGCCUCAGCAAACGGAGCUCGGGCGAUGAGCUUGGUGGUUCUCAAAGAAGCAUGCACGACCCGCCUUCAGACUACUGAUAAAAGAGCCUCAGGAUGAAACUCUAUAAGAAUAACACUGUGAGGCUCGAGAAUUUUGGAGACAGUAGUGUAAGAAUGCGGCCUCCUCUAGUUACGAUUUGUAUAUAUAAGGUAAUGUGGAUCAAUUUGAAGUAUGUUUCUGGUA